UGUUCUCACGAACGUGCGCUCUUUUACGUGUUUUGGAACGCACACACAGCAUCGUCAGUGCGCACGGCACAUGGUCCUCUCGUGUGCCGAGCAGGAUCCUCGAUCACGUACGAGGUCAUCUCUACGUUCAGGGUGAUUCGAUCAGUAGCGCGAGCGUGACAUGAGCGCGACACGCAACAGCGUAGUCUAAAAGAGCGGGGGAGGGAUUGUCAUGAUCGGCCUCAAAGUCUACGUGCGCUAUAUCGUCGUUAGCUGACUGAAAAUUAUCGAGUAUGACAUCCGGAAGCAGCAAUGGUACCAGAGAAGAUCCGUCGCGACGGUCGGCACAUGUGACAUCUUUGACGAUGUUGUAGCAGAAUAUGCUAACGAUAUCGGUGAACUACCGAUCGACGAGAUCGGAAUUAUCGAUCGACCGAGUAGGCAGAGGUCGAACCGCGAGGAAUUGCGCCUUCCAAAGUGGGUCGAACCUGCGACACGCUUACUAUCGCUGCGGGAGAGGAGAGCCAUACCAUUUCGACGUGGAUGAGAUCCGCGGGAGAUUUGCGGCGAGCCGAGCAUAGAUGCGCGCGCGCGUGUCGCACGCGUGCACUUGUACAAUGCGUGCAUCUACAAUGUAUAGCGCAGGUCACUAUGUACGAUGCGAAUCUUUGUUCUCGAUAGCUAAACGCGGGUAAUACACGAUAUUUGUGGCAGAAAGCGAACUCGAGAUUGCGGAAAAGAGAGAGAGUGCCUAAAAAAAAAAGCGAAGAAGAAAACUGACGAUAGGAAGACAGAGAAAGAAAUUACUCGAGAGAAGUGGAAGGAAGAGAGAGACAGAGAGGAGCUAGAGAGAGAGUAAUGAUCGUGACGACGGUCGUGCGGACAAAUGAACACCUCGGCACAGCGUUUGGGAUAUUCCAAAGAUGUGAGGAAUGAUCACGUGGAUGAUGGUCGGGCUGCUUCUGGCUGCGGAAACUUGCGGCAGAAACGUCCUCUCCGGAAACGGAAACGGAAACGGAAAGGAAGAGGAGGCGAAGCGGCGGGAGGGCCUGAAGGGCGUCAGCGCGGACGAGGAAGACAUCUAUCGAAUGCUGCUAUUUCUAUUCUUGCAGAUGUGCAACGAAUGGGCGAUAGAUACACCGUGUCCGGUGGGAGGCCGUGAUUUUUGUCGAUCGCUGCACAUUCUGGACAGCCGGGGGAACAGUGUCUUGGUAAGCAAGAGUUGCGCCAGCAACGAGGAAUGCGGGCCAGCAUCGGUCGGUUGUAUUCCUAUGGAUACGCAGCAGAUUUGCAUAAGUUGCUGCGACCUGAGCUACUGCAAUAUCGAGUCGCCCACCAACGCCACCAACGCGAUCUAUUCCCGUCAACGACGCGCCAAGUCGAAAUCGAAGCGCAAACGGCCCGGUAGAAACGGGGUCGAUGCGGCGACGCGACUUUACGGAUCCAGCUUGCUCUGGCUUCCCGCCUCGCUCUUCUAUGCAUAUCAUUGCUGAGGAAGUAGUAAACACUACUAACCGCGCACGCAAAGCGGACAGCGCGGAAAUCGCGCGCGAAUCGCACGCUGCGACGGUACCAUCGCGUUAAACGACGUGACUCGCCGAUCUUUCUCGAUCGAACGUUCUUCCCUGUGAUUUUUUCUGUAGUGUCACGCUCGCCUAAACCGACGCCGCCGUCUAAUUCCGACCAAACUUUCUGACAAACUUCCGCGGAAUCGUAGGAAAUCUAUUCCGUGUUCGAUU